AUGUGGUCAAGAAGCCUUCUCUUCUCAUCUUCGUUUCUUUGGGCCAGAGUCGCCAAUGCGGCCUUUGGGAUCACCACCUCGGAUGACUCCUACGUCAUUGACACUGGGUCGGCGAACCCUCUCAAAUUUACCGUUUCCCGUUCAAGCUGCGAUAUCACCUCUAUCAAUUACUAUGGCUCGGAACUCCAGUACUCUGGCAAGGGCAGCCACAUCGGUUCUGGCCUUGGAAGCGCAACGGUUUCUGCGGUAGAAGAUGGGGACUACAUCAAGGUUACCUGCGACACUGAUACCUUGACACAGUAUUUUGUUGUUCACAAUGGCGACUCGAUCAUUCAUAUGGCGACGUACACCACAGCGGAGCCCUCCGUUGGUGAGCUGCGAUUCAUUGCACGCCUUAACUCGGAGCUCCUACCGAACGAGGAGCCGUUCGGCGACGUGUCUACCACUUCGGGCGGCGAGGCAAUCGAAGGCUCGGAUGUGUUCCUGGUAAAUGGGGAGACCCGCAGCAAAUUCUACUCCAGCCAGCGCUUCAUUGAUGACCAGAGACAUUGCAUCGCCGGAGACGCCCACCGUGUCUGUAUGAUCCUCAACCAAUACGAGACUUCCUCCGGUGGUCCUUUCUUCCGCGAUAUCAACUCCAACAACGGUGGUGACUACAACUCCCUCUACUGGUACAUGAACUCGGGCCAUGUCCAAACAGAAGACAAGCGCCAGGGCCUCCAUGGACCGUACUCGAUGUACUUCAGCCGCAGUGGAACUCCCGGCACCGAUAUUGACACAUCCUUCUUCGCAAACCUGGACAUCAAGGGCUACGUCGCUGCAGGCGGCCGCGGAACUGUAUCCGGAACUGCAUCUGGAGCCGACUCCAGCUUCAAAUGGGUCGUUCACUGGUACAACGCCGACGCCCAGUACUGGGCAUACACCUCUUCAGGCGGUAGCUUCACCUCCCCGGCCAUGAAACCAGGUGAUUACACCAUGGUCUACUACCAGGGCGAAUACAAGGUAGCCGAGACCACUGUAUCGGUCACAGCUGGAUCAUCAACAAGCAAGGAUAUCUCCGGGUCCGUAGAAACAGGCGACACCAUCUUCAAGAUCGGCGACUGGGACGGAACACCAACCGGUUUCCGCAACGCAGAGAACCAACUCCGGAUGCACCCCUCGGACUCGCGCAUGUCGUCCUGGGGCCCCCUUACAUACACCGUCGGCAGCUCCGCGCUCACUGACUUCCCAAUGGCUGCCUUCAAGGGCGUCAACGACCCCGUCACAAUCAAAUUCACAGCCACUUCCGCUCAGACUGGCGCUGCUACCCUGCGUAUCGGAACGACUCUUUCGUUCGCAGGCGGUCGUCCUCAAGCUACUAUCAACGACUACCAAGGCUCCGCCCCCUCUGCACCCACAAACCUCACUCCCGCGGCGUUACCCGUGGAGCCUACCGCGGCCUCGGCGAAGUCUACGACCGUCAUCUCCGGAAGUUCCGGCGAUGAGUUCCUUGCUCCUAACUUCAUCUUCGACUGCGUCGAGUUGUUCCAGUAA